AUGGCUGGAGAAAUGAUCUACAUUUUGGAGCAAAGGAUCAAGAAUCAAAGGAACAUCGCCGAGGAGAAAGGAGACCUAGUACUACAUGAUAUCAUAAGCCAAACUCUCAAACAAAAAUAUCUGCAUGAGAUUUUCAAACCCCAACAAAUGUUCUCUCGCCGGCAUAUGCGAGCUAUGUUCGAACGGCUGGCACAUUCUAGCAUCAUGAGGCUGAGCGAGAGCAGCAUGGAGAAGCUGUUUGAUCUCACUUUGAUGAUGACCAAAUACCAAAUCCAAUCGGUGGUGAUGCCUGAGCAGAUUCUUACGGUUACCAUGAACCAUCUGAGUGGAAUGAGGCGAAUUGCAAAGCAAGAAGACGAUAUUCAAGAGCUGAUUCGCAACGCGCAUGCUAUGUUUCUAAUGCUUUACGGACCAGUGUCGCUCACCGAAUGGAACAUGAUACGACAUCAAAUGCUCAACUUUUUUCAGGAUUGCCGGGUGAAGGUCUCGGUUUUGCUCAGGGAUGAGAAACAGUUCGAUGAUGGCCAUUUUGUUUACUUACCGGAGAAGGAUCCAAUCGAGUUGCCACCCGACGUCGAAACCCCCGGAGUCACAAAAUAUUACGAAAAUGGAGAAUUAGUCAAAACAACUCAGUGGCCGACAACCAGAACAUACAUCCCACUACAGCACCCUGAAAGCCGUAAUCUCGACGCUGAGGUACGCUCGACGACACUCGGUAUGAGUAUCUUCACGAAUGAAAUGAGCGUAAAUAUAAAUGGCGGUGGUGGGACGGCAAAAGCGGAACCAGUACAGUACGGUGAUGAGAUGAAACUGCUCGAAUCGCUUUUUGGCAACUCACUCAAAGCUCAAGAAGGUGAAGUUGACUUGGACAUGUUCGAUUCAACUACUGAGGAGAAGGCCUACAUCAAGGAAACAGAAGCUAGCUUGAAGAAUGUUCUUCGAAUCGAUGCUUCCAAAGACAAAAAAUCGAUUUCGACAGCCAUGUCAGAGAUGAAAUUGACUUCAAGCGAGGAAAAGAAAAAGAAAGGGAAAGGCGCCGAUAUGUUGGAAAUGCUCGAUGAAGCAGCGGCGCGACCAGCGACCGGUAAAUCGAGGUCACGUUCCGCAAGUCGCGGCAGCCCGGCGGCAAGAGCUCCGCGAGCCGGGAGCGCCAAGCGACCACCGUCGGCUAAGAAACCACCCAGUAAAUAA